AUGUUGGGAAACGCUUCCUUCAUAGUGGAAAAUCAAAAUUAUUUAAACAAAUUUGGUCAUAGUCCCACUGGUAAUGGUAAUGAACAAUUACGUAUUCGUACACAUCUUGAAUACGUUGAAAAUCUAAUUCGUAAUCAAACAUCGACAAGUUCAUCGUCAUUAUUGCAAUUACAAGCAUUGGAUUAUUUAAAUGAUUAUUGGAAUAUUGGUCAAUUUCCUCAACAUGAUAAAUACUAUCAACAUCGUUUACCUCGUUUUAUCGAUCACAAUGACAUACAUUGUGCUGUUGGUUAUAUGAUAUCAAGAUCACCUGCAUUUGAAUAUGUACCAAAGCAAAUUAAUAAAAAAUAUGAAUAUUCUGAUGUUGAUCAAAUUAAAAAUAAUAAUUUAGAUAAAUGGAUGAAUCUCUAUCAAUUCAGUUUAAAUGAAUUAUCAAUGAUUCAACCGACGUAUUCAUUCAUGUGUUCCAAAGAUCAAACAAAUAAUCGAUGUCUAUCGGGUCAAUGUCUAACAGUCGGGGGUGAUUGUCUCAGUCUGGAUGGAUUUGAACCUUCUAAACGCACUAGAAAACCUCCACAAACUGGUAACACCAUUUCUUUAGGAGCCGCCGUUUGA